CGUGGACAAGUUGCUAUGAAAGCCGCUCCCCGUUGUGACAGGGGUAACCCAUCUUGUCUACAGCUCAUGCUCUGACCUCAUUGUGUAUCUCCAAUUACAGCAUUGACGUCUGAUUUGGAUACCCAAUUCUCGAUUGCAUUGACUCAAUUAUCAUGGCGGAGCAAAAUCACAAAUGAGAAAUUGCUUGGCUCAUCGUAAUAUCCUUCUGUCGUUGACAAAACAUCCCCGUAAAACAACAUCAUAGUCAACAUGGGGGGGGCCUCCAAGUGCCUGGCCCUGUCCGUCUGUGCUGGAGUCUGUGUCUUUGACGGUCCGGCCCAGUGGAGUGGACUUUCUAGCUUCCCCGCCAGCAACUGAGCCUUGACUGGACUGGGUCGUAUUAGCGUUGGCCCCUCCCGUGCCAUCGGUGGUCUCCCUGCAGGCGGUAUCCAAGCCAAGCAGCAAGGUACUGGCCCAGGUGCAGAUUUACGCUUCAAUCUGUGAUGGCAGUUUCCUCUCACUCUAAGAGGACGUACGUAGUGACAAGGCAAGAUCAAGCCCGUGCCGUGCUUGCCCUGCUAGACCGCCAAUGCCAAGCUGGGAAACACACCGUUUAGCUAGGGUACCCUGCCUGCACUUGCCUUACCAGCUGGCAAGCACUGCUCGCUCCUGCAAAGCAAGCAACCGUCACGCCAAGAUCAAGAUUCUGGCUCCCGCCCACCCACCACUUACUCCUGCCUUUAAAGCCACAGCUUCCUCCUCACCCUUCCUCUUGUUCCACAUCAAUAUCAGCCUUGAGAAAUUUUCAUUCCAACAUCUCAAACAUCCUCUCUCCAACAAUUCAAUCGAGUUUAUCUCCCAACCUCCAGCCCCCAGGCCAGUCUCACUUCGUCUCACUCUUACACGAGAUCGAUCACCUUCGUUUGUGCCGUAGUCACAUAUCAAUUACCAUCAAGGUAAGUUACUAUCUCCUCGUUAUUACUCCAGCUACACUGUCCAUCUUUGCCGGCGCCUUUUUUGCUUGCCAACAAGUUUGCCUCAUUCCAACUUGGUGAUUGUGUGAUUUGAAACCGGAACGUGAGCACUGAACAUCGCAUUGCGAGGGGCUGAGGGCUACACACUUCUUGUUCUCGGCUCUUCCAUACCUCUGUGAUACACGUUCCCUUGCUUUGUCUCACGCAAACAUCACUCGCGUGCCUCAGGAGCAGGCCGCCGGUAGUCGCACUUCAUUUAUUCACGGGUCGCCUCUGCUCCUGCUGGCGGUGAUUCACUGCCUAACUUCCCCUCGUUUACAUCACUCGCCUAACACGCUCGCAAAACCUACCUUCGUUCACCAUCGCCUUCUUACUGUCGCUACAAACUUCAUAAGAGACCUCAACUAAUCCACCAAUUUGAUACAGACCGUCGAUCAAGCAAAAUCGUCAAGAUGAAGUCUUCUUUCCUCACCAUCUUCGGCCUGGCUGCUGCCGCCGUUGCCCAGAGCUCUGAUGAUCUCCCCCAGUGUGGUCGUACUUGCGCCGGCAACAUGGUCAGUGCCGAGAAGUCACAGGAGCUUGGAUGUGACGCCGGCGAUAUUGGCUGCCUGUGCACCAACCAGAACUUCAUCUACGGUCUCCGUGACUGCUCUGCUGCUAUCUGCAACGGUGAGCAGGCCGCCCAGGUCCUGAACUACGGUCUUGAGAUCUGCCGCCGAGCUGGUGUUCAGAUCACUACUGGUGCUUCUGGCGAGGUUUCGGCCACGGCUACUGGCUCUGGCGCCGUUCGAACCGUCCUUAGCACCCUUACCUCUGGCGAUUCUACCAUCACCUCUGCUCUCUCCACCAUCAGCGGUACUGCUACUGGCGCUUCCGACGAUGUUUCCGUGAGCACCUACACCAGCGUCCUCACCAACUCUGAGGGAGAUGAGUUCACCACCACCGGCAAGGCUAUCCUCGGCGGUGCAGUUGUCACCACUUUCACCUCUGGUGGUUCUACCAUCGUCUCUACUAUUACCUCCGGGUCUGAGACCGAGACCUCUGGUGCCGAGUCCGCUGAGGUUACCACCUUCACCUCCGAUGGUACUGAGAUCGUCCGAACUCUUGUCACCGAGACUGCCUCUACCGACUCUGCCGCAUCCGCCGAGGUCACCACAUUCACCACUGAUGGCACUAAGGUUGUCCGAACUCUCACCACCGUUACCAGCGGUUCUCAGUCCGAGUCGGUUUCGGAGACCGUUACUGACGCCUCCACCGCCACCGAGGGUGCUACUGGUGCUACUGGCACUGAUGCUUCGGCCUCCACCACCGGCACUGACAAUGCUGCCGCUGCUCAGAUGACUGGUGCCCCUGCUGGUGUCAUCGCCGCAGCUGGUAUUGCCAUGCUCCUCCUUUAAAUCAGGAUGGACGAUAAUUUGAUGUUUGAUGCUUUUACGUUGCACAUGUUUGAUACAUAAUUCACGCCUGUACCUCGAUCUUUUGGGACCCUUAGCAUAUUUCCUCGGUGCAAGGAGUCGGUUUGUGGGGGAAAAAUCUUCACAUAAUGGUGAAUGGUAUGAAUGGACAUGACGGGUCAGGUUUUUCGAGGGUUUAAUGAUGCAUACGGCUUAUCUCUCCUUUAAUGGAAAUGACGCGAAAUGUUAGAAUGGAUGGGAUCUUGAUGCUGUUUGUGACAGAUGAAGAAGGGGGCGGUGGCGUGGGAGAUGACGACGGGAAGCGGCAGACUUGUGCUGCCUUGACACAAGCUCAGCCUGUACGUGUCGUCUCUUAUGGUUACAUGGGUUCUGGGAUGGUGGUGAUACCCGGCCUACGGCCUGACUUCGGUGGUGGACUUUGCUUCUCACAUUCAUUGAGAAAUAGUAAUAGAUAAUCUUCUUCAAAAAAAAAAAUGUGCGUAAUUCGUAUUCAGUGUCACUUGAUGUAUUACCAUGACAUAAAGGUG